CACGGGCAACGAACGUCACGGAUGUCGAGGCAUACCAUGGAUUUGACGCUAGCUCCCCUGUGCCUUCUUCUACUCGCUGCCGCGCACUGCCCUUCAGCUGCAGAAGGCAGCUUCGGGACGACGCUGACGGCUGUCUUCAACUCUGGCGGCCUCCGGGGCCUUGUGGAGUUCAGUCCGUCCCCGUCGGGACCGGUGGUCAACGUCAGGGCGUCCCUGGUCGGGGGACAGUCCAAGGAGACCUUCCGCUGGGGCGUCCACCGGUUCCCGCCCAGGCACGACUCAUCCGCCCCGUGCGAUCCCAUCUGGACCGGGGACAUGUUUCAGGACCUGACGCUCCGGUUAGGCGGCCUUGCCUCGGAGCAAGAGAUGCGGUUUCUGGCACCGGGGCUUGAACUCUUCAGCGGCCGGGACCCCCUGGUCGGAAGGGCCCUGGUACUGAAGAGCGUGCAGACCGGUCGCUCCGCCUGCGCCACGCUCCUCACCAGCCUGUCGAGCAGGACUUACGUUGCGUACUUCGCUGGGCCGGUGGCCGGAACCGUGUUUGUGCGGCAGUGGGCCUCCUACGCCAGCGUCUAUGGCGAGCUGUACUGGAUGAACGGAACCAGGAGGGACUACAGGGUGCAGUGGAGCCUGCUGCACAGCGGGGCAGCGCGACCUUCUGGGCGUCAGGUACAGCAGAGCCUGGAGUCAACGGGGGUACCCGUGAACGUCCCGAUCGAGAAGCCUGACGGUCUCGUGCCGUUCUACGUCCCACCGGGGGUAGCCGCCCAGCUUUGGGUUGGAAAGUCUCCACAAGCCCCAACUACAAGGACCUAUCACGUCUUCUCCGACCUGAUGUCCUUGGAAGCGGUGGCCAUGGGCAACCUCCAAGUGGCUCUGAGAGACGCAGCAGGGACUCUGAUCUCUGUGGUGGGCCUGCUCCUGUGGCGACCCAAGCACGCAGUUGCAAACCUGGGCCAAAAUAACGGCAAGGUCAUCUUUCACCAGAGUUCGCCCUUCGAGCCAACGCUGACCAUUGUCCAGUUAAAGAACCCACACUUCAUUGCGGAGGAGUACAAGAUUGCCGAGAUAGCCAUUGGUACAACGGACACUGUGUGUCCGACUCCCAUCAUUACCUUCAAUCCUGCUGGAGUCAAGCCCUUCGAGACUCCGCCAGCAGGCUGGGGGACGUCGGACCAGUAUGCGGUCGGCGACCUGACCGGCAAGUACGGCUUGUUUUCCGGCAAGGCCGACGUCUACAGGCAGCUCCUAGAUCCGACGUUGCCAAUGUCCGGACCGGAGAGCGUUGUUGGCCGCAUGCUGGUCGCUUGUGGCAGAAACGGCGUGCCCCUGGUCUGCGCCAACAUCCUCCCGGUUGGAAGAAGGCUGAUUCGUGGCCGCGCCACUUUUGACGGCAUCGUGCGUGGGUCGGUUACCGUCACCCAGGUUGAAGACGAUCCGCUAGACGACGUUUACGUGGACAUCGGGGUGUGCUGGACGGGACCGAACAACGGCAGCGUGGACCACAACUGGCACGUGCAUUCAAAAGCCCUAGCGCCCGGGUCGGCGGACUGCAUUUCGACAGGCGGCCAUUACGAUCCGCACAAAGUUGCCCACAACUCGGUGUACGAGUGUGAGUGUUCUGCAAGGGCGCCAUGGCGGUGUGAGGCUGGAGAUCUGUCUACUAGGAUGGCUACCGUGUCAUUUCCCUCCUGCUCCGAGACCAUGGCAAGGUACCACUUUUCUGGCUCCAACCUGGCGCUGUCGGGCCCGACCAACGUGAUUGGGCUUCCCAUCGUAAUCCACGACGCCCAUUACACCGGGCCCCGUGUGGCGUGUGCCAAUAUCCAACGGGUCUGAGAGGUACCUGUGCCAGCCUCCACCAAUCACAUAUGCAAGCUGGGGGGCAAAAGCUCGCACCGAAUAAACUGGAACUUUCA